AUGACUUCCACUCAGCAGAGAUUUGGAAUUUAUUCCUCAUUUCUGAAAGGGCUGCUAAAUGUACAGGCACAUGCAGGUAUUUGGGAAAGUAAACUAAAUCCAGGAUGGAUCAGAUGCAUUUACAGUGCCACAGGGAAGUGGACCAGAGAUUACACUUUGCAGACCAGAAAGGAAGUUGAAAGAUGGUGGCAUCAACGACUAAAGGAUGAGUUUUUUAAAAUGUCAGAAGCGGACAAAUCAAAGCCCAAAUUUUAUGUGCUCUCCAUGUUCCCUUAUCCUUCGGGGAAGCUUCAUAUGGGCCAUGUUCGUGUCUACACAAUCAGUGACGUUAUGACAAGAUUUCAGAAAAUGAGAGGGAUGCAGGUUAUUAAUCCGAUGGGAUGGGAUGCGUUUGGAUUACCUGCUGAAAAUGCAGCAAUUCAGCACAGUCUGCAUCCACAGAGUUGGACACAAAGUAAUAUCAAACACAUGAGAGAACAGCUUGAUAAACUAGGCCUGUGUUUCAGCUGGGAUCGGGAAAUUACUACUUGUUUGCCAGAUUAUUACAAAUGGACUCAGUACUUAUUUAUUAAGUUAUAUGAAGCCGGACUAGCCUACCAAAAGGAGGCAAUGUGUGAAGCUUUGGCUGACCUUCCUGAGUGGUAUGGAAUAAAAGGAAUGCAGGCCCAUUGGAUAGGAGACUGUGAUGGAUGCUAUCUUGACUUCACUUUGAAGGUUAAUGGCAAAGUAACUGAGGAGAAGUUGUCUGCAUAUGCUUCAACUCCAGAGGCUGUCUAUGGAGCAUCUCACAUAGCUAUCUUACCCAGCCAUCAACUUUUACAUGGCAAUAGUAGAAUAAAGGAAGUCUUCCAAAAGGCAUUUAUCCCAGGCAGAGAUUGUCUCACACCUGUGACUGCUAUAAACAUGCUCACCGGGCAAGAAAUCCCAGUUGUUAUUGUAGCCAAAACAAAAUUGGAAGGUUCUCUAGACACAAAAAUAGGAAUUCCUGCCACUAACCCAGAAGAUGCCAAAAUAGCCCAAAAUCUGGAUCUGCCUUUCACAGAAGUGUUAGAAACCUUGUCAGAUGGCACUGAAAAACUAAUCAAUUCUGCCGAGUUCACAGGCAUGACUAGGCAAGCAGCCUUUGAAGCCCUGACCCAGAAAGCCAGAAGUAAUGGAGUAGGUGGAGAUUUAACAAGUAAUAAACUAAAAGACUGGCUGAUAUCUCGCCAGCGUUACUGGGGAACACCAAUUCCUAUGAUUCAUUGUCAAUCCUGUGGAACUGUUCCUGUGCCCUUGGAAGACUUACCUGUGACUUUACCCAAUAUCUUGUCCAUCACGGGCAAGGGAGUAUCCCCUUUGGCUGCAGCCUCAGAGUGGAUGAACUGUUUUUGCCCCAGGUGCAAAGGCGCAGCCAAAAGAGAGACUGACACCAUGGACACCUUUGUUGAUUCAGCCUGGUAUUACUUCAGAUAUACAGACCCGUGUAAUACUCACAGCCCCUUUGACAAAGCUGUCGCCAAUCACUGGAUGCCUGUGGAUCUAUACAUUGGAGGAAAGGAGCAUGCAGUGAUGCAUCUGUUCUAUGCAAGAUUCAUGAGCCACUUUUGUAAUGCACAAAAAAUGGUCAAGCACAGAGAACCUUUUCAUAAGCUGCUGGUUCAAGGCCUUAUCAAAGGGCAGACAUUCCGUCUACCAUCUGGCCAGUAUCUGAAGAGAGAGGAAGUUGAUCUCACUGGAUUGGAACCUGUUCAUGCAAAAACCAAAGAAAAGUUAGAGGUGACGUGGGAAAAAAUGAGUAAAUCCAAGUACAAUGGAAUAGAUCCUGAGGAUGUGGUAAAGCAGUAUGGGAUCGACACUGUGCGGCUGUACGUCCUCUUUGCAGCCCCUCCAGAAAAAGAUCUCUUGUGGGAUGUGAAAACCGAUGCUCUCCCAGGAGUGCUGAGAUGGCAGCAGCGCCUCUGGUCCCUGACGACCAAAUUCAUCGAGGCCAGGGCUUCUGGGCAGGUGCCCACCCCUCACGUACUGAGUCACAAGGAGCAAGAGGAAGCCAGGAAGCUUGGGGAGUACAAGAACUCUAUCAUCUCUCAGGUAACCACCCAUUUCACAGAAGAUUUCUUAUUGAAUUCUGUGGUUUCUCACCUGAUGGGACUCAGUAAUGCACUCUUGCAAGCUUCUCAAAGAGUCCUUCUACACAGUCGAGAAUUUGAGGAUGCCUUGGCCGCUGUCUGUAUCAUGGCUUCUCCUCUGGCCCCCCACCUAACCUCGGAGCUCUGGGCAGGUCUGAGCCAUGUGAAGAACAAGCUGUGCAGCCAUUAUGACUGGAAUGCCAGUGUGCUCCAUCAGUCUUGGCCUGUGGUGGAUCUACAACCCAAGCAGCAGCCCGACAUGGUGGAGAUGGCGAUUCUGAUCAACAACCAAGCUUGUGGCAGGAUCCCUGUGCCUUCCCAGGUAGCCCGGGACCAGGAGAAGGUCCAUGAGCUGGUCCUCCAGAGUGAGCUGGGAGUCCGGCUUCUUCAGGGCCGCACCGUCACCAAGGCCUUCCUCUCUCCCCGAACCGCACUCAUCAACUUCCUGGUGCGGGAUUGACGUUUGCCAUGCCCUAAUGUGGCUGCCGGGAGAGAAGGAGCGUCGUCCCAGCCUGGGGCAGGAAAGGCAAAGAACUCUGGGCCACCGCUGCCUCGGUGCUGGACUAGUCAGAGCGGAGUGUGGAGAGCCCAGCCAGGCUUCAGAACCGGCCCCGGGGGGCUGCCACCAAAGGGAGACCCCCUGGUGGUGGCUCGCUGUCUGCGGGGCUGGGCGAGCACCCUACUGUAGCCGCUAAUAAAGGGGGAGCUCACGAUGGAGCCGGCACGACUCGGGCUGCU